CGUUAAAGGAAGCAAAGUGUUCUAACGGAAAGGAAGUUGCACCAAAAUUAAGACGCAAAAAAAAGGAAAAUAAAAAGUAGCAGCUGCUGCGAUGUAAUUCGAUAAUUGCUGAUCGGAUUAAAGGGGAACCCCCUCUCUGGUGAAUGAGUAAGGGAGUGAGAAGAAAAUAUCAAAACGAUAAGGAUAAAGGAAAGCAUGAAUGAGUGAAAGGCAGUGAUGAUCGCCACCGCCGCAAGGGGAAAGUGAUUGAAUAUGAAAUGUUACACCAGCACUGCUGAAAAGGAAGCCGCAGCAACAUAAUACCGGUGCUGGGCGAUUUAUGUGGGAGAAUUUAGAACAAGUGAUUUGUUUGGGUGGAAUAGUGUAGGCGUGUAUUGUUGUCAUUAUUGUGCGCCCCAGGAGCAGGGAGUUGGGGACCGCAGGCCGAUUUAUGUUUUACAAGAUCGUCACCACACGCCAAUCAAAAGAACACCUGCUCCAUGAUCACCCCCCAGGAUCAUCUCCCACUGUUUGCAAAUAAUUCCAAUGCAAUCCAUUACCGGAGCUCGAAUUCCACCUGCAAUCGAGAGCACCGCCAAUCCCGGAAUAAUAACCCCGCUCAAAUGACCCCCGUUCAGCGCGGGAAAUUGGUCGAUUAAUUAAAUACCACCACCACCACCACGGAAUCCUCGUUUGAACCAACCGAUCCGGGGAAGAUAAAAAAACAUAACAAAAGUGCUGCCAAUUUUCCAACAAUCAGCGCUCGAAAUUUCCACCUGUUUGAGCAGGGAAACGAAACAAAACACAACAGAGCAAUCACUCAGUGGUCACCCCACACACACACACAAGUGAGCAAUCCCACAGUCAGGUUUCAAGUUUCCCGAGGGAACAAAAAACAACAACAAACUGCGCAACGAGAGCAAUUCCGGUUGUGCAUUUUGCAUUCCAGUGAUAUUGGGAGGUGGUGAGGUGCGAUCGAGUUGAUUGACUGCCACAGAGUGGCAGUGAUUGGAUUUCAUUAGACCACGUGUGGGCGCACGUGGUGGUAGCGAGAGGACACUUGCAGUUGGUUAGAAGCUCAACCCAACAAUGGUCCUAAGGAAGCACCUCUCCGCCGGUCGUAAAAUGGCCAGCACGUGGCUGCUGCUGCUACUCACCCUGGCCAUCGCAGUCCGGAUCGGCUCCGGCCAGAGUUCGCUGCUGAAGCGAUGCCCGGCGGCCUGCACCUGUGAUCUAGAUCAAAGGGGACUCUACCAGACGACCUGCACAAAAGUGGAAUGGCGAGCCAUCCCGGUGCACGACUUCGAGAAGGAGGUCGAGGUGAUCGUCAUCAAGGGGUCGAAAAAUUCGCUCAACAUUGGGCCCAUCUUCCAGACGUUUUCCAAGCUGGAAAUGCUUCGCAUCACGAACGCCAACGUGCCGGCCAUCGGCAUGAACUCGUUCUGGGGACUGGUCCGGCUGCGCACGCUGGACCUCUCGCGGAACAACAUCACCCAGAUCAUCGUGGACAACUUCCGCGGCCAGGACAACCUGCUCGAGCUGGAUCUGUCGAAGAACCGGAUGGAGCGAAUUGCCAGUGGGACUUUUGGCCAUCUUAAGAGUCUCAAAUCGCUGAACCUGGCGGACAACUCCAUCGAUGAGCUGAACGCGAGACUGUUUCUGCACCUGGCCAAGCUCAAGUAUCUGGACCUGAGUCGGAACCCCAUCGAUGAUCUGCCACCGGAGGUGUUCAAGGACGUUCAGGAGUUGAAAGUGCUAAAAGUCCGAGGGUGUCAUCUGUUGAACGUGAAUCCGCAGGUGUACAAUAUGCUGACACAUCUGAACGAGCUGGAUCUGGGCCAGAAUCAGUUCACCUACUUGGUGAGGUCGGAAUUCAAGGACCUGAAGCGGCUCCGGGUACUCCGCCUCGACGGCAAUCAGCUGUCCGCCGUCGUUGACAGGCUGUUCGAGUACCAGAAGGGGCUCAACGUGCUAGAUCUUUCCUCGAAUCGGCUGGCGAAAAUCUCGGAGACGGCUUUCGAGAAUUUAUCGAAUCUCACAUAUCUGGACGUAUCGUACAAUAAAUUGUCCCGCGUCGAGCCGGAAAGCCUGGAACCGCUGACGAGGCUGCAAACGUUCAACCUGAGCGGAAACCUGCAGCUGGAUCUGAUGGAGGUGGAACCAACGUUCCAGAUAAUCCCCAACAUUAGCACGCUGGCGGUGGCCGACAUGGGACCGCUGCCGAUUAGGCUGUUCGCACCGUUCCGGCAGCUGCGGGCGCUCAACCUGUCCGGGAACCACAUCGACAACAACACGCUGCAAAUCAUCCUGCCGUUGACGCAGCUGCAGCUCCUCGACCUGUCCCGCAAUCAGCUGUCCGGAGUGGAAGAACGGUUCGCGACCCAGCUGUCCCAGAUCGCCGACCUUCGGAUCGAGAACAAUCCGCUGAUAUGUGACCGAUGUCACAUGGGUGCGCUCAUCGACAUGGCCGAAAAGCUGCCCUGGGGUGAAAAGGCGGAGUGCUUCUUGCCGGAAAAUCUCCGGGGACUCACCAUCAGCAAGCUGGUGGACGACGCCCGGGUCGAGAGCUGCAUGGAGGUCAUCGUGGACGAGGACCACGACGCGGCCAGCACGUCGCACAACUUUCUCGAGCAAGCUGGUAGUGCCAGUGUGCUUGCUUUCUGUGGCCUGAUACUGUUCGUGAUACUGGCCAUAAUCGUGGUGUCCACGGCGAUCUGCUUCUCGAGGCACCGGGCGCGGUAUUACACACACGAGGACAAGCGAGAAGCCACCCUGGAGAAGAACGGCACCGAGACGUCCCUGCUGACCGCCACCGGCAGCGAAAUCAACUUCAAGUUCCCGUACAACGACCGGGUUUGCACCAUCGACGAAAUGUGCAUCCCCGCCCCACCCCCUCCGCCCUCAUCCGGCGGCAGCAAAGUCCUCGCCAGCAACGUCAUCGAACGGUUCGAUUAACGAACGGAGGACGGUGAUGGCGGCGGUGGUGGGGGCUCGUCCGUAACCGGCACCACGGUGGCCAUCAUCAGCGGGGACGAUUCGUCCUCCUCCGUCACGGCCUCGGCCAUCACCACCAGCAGCAGCAUGGGCAGCAGUAGCGGGACGACGGCGGGAGGGGCAGUUCCGUUGAAGGGGAUUUUAAGGAAAAAGCAGGACGUGUUUUAGGGAUGCGCCACGGAAUGUGUGACAGGAGAAGCUUUCGACAUGGUCGAUAAGCGAGAAACAAGAAGCCAGUGCGUGUAAAUAUUAGUGAUUUAGGUUAAGCGACGAACGUUUGUAUUUAUAUGUGUAAGUGAAGGAUACUUAACUCGUAAGUGUGUGAGUGUGCGUGAGGAUGGAGGAAAAGCAGCGAAAAAGUUUCACAUAAUCUUGACUAAUUGUAAUUAAGGAUUGAUGGUUUGUUUAGCCCGGUGAACUGACUCAAUAAAUGUUACAGUGGGAUUUAACAUCGAAAAACUCAAAAUAUAUAUUUUUUCUUUCAUAAUAUUUGUUGUGAUUUUUAUUUGUAUUCCAAGAUAAGUUUGACUAAAAAGCGUAUAAUAUAAAAAAAAUAACUUAAGCGAACUACAAUUCCAAUAGCAAUCAGCAAUCAUAAUUCAAAUAAGCUGAUUUUUUGUUCAAUUAUGUCCAAAGAAAUUUGAGAAAUUUCGAAAUAUUUUGGCUCUUGCUAAGAAAAUAAAUUCAUACUUCAAAUAAUGUUUUCAAAUGCUUUUUUUAUUGCCAUACAUACCAAAACUUUCCCCUAUUUAAUCCCACUGUGCACCGUUGAUGGAGGAUCAUUAGCCUGGAAAUGCUCCAGUCUAGACGACGGGCUAGCGACAAACGAUUUCUUAAACCAGCGCCAAUUUGUAAAUAAACUUGUACACACAGACAAACAGACACAAAAACAACACUCUGCUCGGUGAAACACGAAAACAAAAACAAAAA